CCUGCCACGUAUUACGUAAUUACACCACUUCUCGUUCCUAACCUACGCGUUUCACUUUAGCGCAUGUUAGUAAAAAACAUAAACCAACAAAUAAAAAAACUCAAAAUUCAAAACCCAAUGAUCGGAUUCGGACCAUCCCCGUCUUGAUUCAUGGAACAGUGACAACAGUCCCGUUUUCUCGGGCAUAACGGAAACCGUAACCGUCUUCGGUCUUCUCUGUUUCAUUUGCAACAACACCACUUUUUUUUUUUUCUUUUUCUUUACUCAUUUAAAUAAAUAAAAAUAUUAAAAUCUCUGUUUCGUGUUUAUAUAUCCAAACAAAUGAAUGUCUUAAACCUUCACUCUUCUCUCCACACAAAUUCACAUUUCACUUCUCUCUUCUUCUCUCUUUUAGAUCUCACCGGUUUAUCUAGCUCCGGUUAUGGGGAGAGAAUGAGGAGUUACCGGUUUAGUAGUGAUUGUGUACUCAUGUCAGUUUCAUCCUCCGAUUUUUCUAACGAUAUGGAUUUGUUAUGCGGAGAAGAUUCCGGUGUGUUUUCCGGUGAGUCAACGGUUGAUUUCUCGUCUUCAGAGAUUGAUUCAUGGCCGGAUGAUUCUAUCGCUUGUUUUAUCGAAGACGAGCGUCACUUUGUUCCUGGACAUGAUUAUCUCUCUAGGUUCCAAACUCAAUCUCUCGAUGCUUCCGCUAGAGAAGACUCCGUCGCAUGGAUUCUCAAGGUACAAGAGUAUUAUAACUUUCAGCCUUUAACGGCGUACCUCGCCGUUAACUAUAUGGACCGGUUUCUUUACGCUCGUCGAUUACCGGAAACGAGUGGUUGGCCAAUGCAACUUUUAGCAGUGGCAUGCUUGUCUUUAGCUGCAAAGAUGGAGGAAAUUCUCGUUCCUUCUCUUUUCGAUUUUCAGGUUGCAGGAGUGAAGUAUAUAUUUGAAGCAAAAACGAUAAAGAGAAUGGAACUUCUUGUUCUAAGUGUGUUAGAUUGGAGACUAAGAUCCGUUACACCGUUUGAUUUCCUUAGCUUCUUUGCUUACAAGAUCGAUCCUUCGGGAACGUUUCUCGGGUUCUUUAUCUCCCAUGCUACAGAGAUUAUACUCUCCAACAUAAAAGAAGCGAGCUUUCUUGAGUACUGGCCAUCGAGUAUAGCUGCAGCUGCGAUUCUCUGUGUUGCCAAUGAGCUCCCUUCUCUGUCCUCUGUUGUAAAUCCCCACGAGAGCCCUGAGACUUGGUGUGAAGGAUUGAGCAAAGAGAAGAUAGUGAGAUGCUAUAGACUGAUGAAAGCGAUGGCGGUAGAGAAUAAUCGGUUAAAUACACCAAAAGUGAUAGCAAAGCUUCGAGUAAGCGUAAGGGCAGCAUCGAUGUUAACAAGGCCAAGUGAUGAAUCCUCUUUCUCAUCAUCAUCUCCUUGUAAAAGGAGGAAACUAAGUGGCUAUUCGUGGGUAGGUGAUCAAAAGUCUACCUCUAAUUAAAAUGUGGGGAGUGAGACUAGAGGACCAAGGAAACAAAAUCUAGGAAAAAAAAAACAUCUUCUGUUUAAGUAGAGUAUAUUUUUUAACAAGUACAUAAUAAUAAGGGGAGUGAUGAAGAAAAGAAGAUAAAAGUGGUUAUUGGGUGAGUUAAGUUAAAAUUAGAGUUUUCCAACCAAGGGGAAGGAAUAAGAGUUUUGGUUACAACUUUUAUGGAAAGUGUUAAAAUUGGGUUUUGGGGUUGGUUGGUUGGUUGGGAGAGACAAAGCUCAUCAUUAAUGGCUUUGCAGAUUCCCAAGAAAGCAAAAUGAGUGAGUGAGUGGUAACACACACGUGUUAGAGAAAAGAUAUGAUCAUGUGAGUGUGUGUGUGUGUGUGAGAGAGAGAGAAGAGCAUUUGCAUUAGAGUCCUCAUUCACAGGUACUGAUGGAUAAGACAGGGGAGCGUUUGCAAAAGAUUUGUGAGUGGAGAUUUUUCAGAGAGCUCUUUGUCUUAAUGGAUCGCAGCAGUUUAUGGGACCCUUCCUCAGCUUCAUCAAAACAAAAUCAAGUUGCGAAAUGCGAAGUAUAUAUAAUUUGUUUUUUGGAUUUUUAAGAUUUUUGAUUCCUUUGUGUGUGACUUCACGUGUCGGAGACGUGUAUCUCACGUGUUUGUUUUUUCUUUCUCUUCAAAUCUUUUAUUUUUGGCGGGAAAUUUUUGUGUUUUUGAUUUAUAUACGUAUUCGUGGACUCCAAAAUGAGUUUUGUCACGGUGCGUUUUUCGUAACGUAUGCAUGCGUGUAAGGUGUCACGUAUGUGUAUAUAUAUGAUUUUUUUUUUUUGGUUUCUUGAAAGGUUAAAUUUUAUAUAUAAACGUUUUUGAUUA